UCGUCAAGAUACCACUCUGAGAGUUACCGCACUGCUGCUGCGUCUCAUCGUCUCUUCUGCGUGUUACAUAUACAGCAGUCUCGUUCCUCUGUGCUCCGAAACGAUCCUUCUGCUUCGACGACGUCGAAGAGCGGCCGGAGUGUAUCUCCGUAUAAAUCGCCCGCGUCGCGGGCGGCUGGACGAAAUCCGCCGAAAUCGUGAGAGAGAGAGAGAGAGAGAGAGAGAGAGAAAAAAAGAAACUCUCCUUCCUAGAGGAUGCGAGGAAGGAUUUCUCCUCUUACCGAGGAAACAUGUCCCGCAGCGGUCGUCGCAACGCGCGAACCGGUUGCGCGCUCUUAAAAUAGUUUCUCACGCGCCGCGUAGGCAUAACUGGCGCGCACCGUUGUCCCGCGCCGCUGGAACACGCCGCCGGAGUAGUGCCAGGAUGACGAGUUGGAGUGCAUUGUUUGUCGCGGCCGCCGUCGGGAUUCUGUUGUUGACGACAGCGACGAAACGCUCGGAAGCGUGCAAUGAGGCGAUCUGCGCCAGCGUCGUGAGCAAGUGCAUGCUGACGCAGAGCUGCAAGUGCGACCUGGUCACCUGCACUUGUUGCAAAGAUUGCUUCUCGUGCUUGAGCUAUCUGUACGAUGAGUGCUGCUCGUGCGUAGAUUUAUGCCCGAAGCCGAAUAUCACCGACAAUCCGUUGAGCAAGAAAUCUCACGUGGAGGAGUUCAGCGAGCCAGUACCAGCGCUCUUCCAGGCACUCACGGCCGAAGCGGAUCCGCACGAGAGAUGGCUCACCUUCACAUAUCCGGUAGACUUUGACAUGACGGUGUUUACGCCGAAAACCGACAACCAAAUGAAAUAUCAUAUACAGACCGCGAACGAGGAGCUGCAUCCGUUGAAGCCAAACGUGAUGACGGUGAACUGCACGGUCGCGUUUAUGGCGCAGUGCAAUUCCUGGAACAAAUGUCGGGCGUCCUGCCAGAGUAUGGGCGCUACGAGCUACAGGUGGUUCCACGACGGCUGUUGCGAGUGUAUAGGCGAUACGUGCAUCAACUACGGAAUCAAUGAAUCGAGAUGCACGCUGUGCUCGCAGGGGGACAAGGAGGAGGAGGGCGACCUGAAGGACACGCAGACGGCGUAUGACGAUUACGGUCAAAACGAGGACGAAGAUGUGCUAGGUGAAGACGUAGAGGAUUAGCCGUCGCGUUCGUCUUCGACGCUUUCCCUCGGCAUUCUUUCGUUUAAAAUAUAAGUGCGAUAAAGGGAAAAGUAUCGUAAAAGACAUUUCGAUAAAAUUACGAUUACGAGAUUAUUUGUUUUUAUAAAGAAAUCAUUUUAUCA